AAGUUUGAUCAAAAGAUAACUUCGAUUUUAGUGUGUUAAAGUUCAAGUUCUGUGUGGUGAAAAACUGCAUUAUUAUGAAAGGAGUUUUGACCUUUGGGUUCGAGUUCGAAUAAAAUUUAAGUCAACAUCCAAUUCACUGAGAACACCGGAAGCUUAAAAGUCUAAAGGAAAAACUCAUGUUGAAAAUGUUUGCAAAACCUGAGACGAGAUUAGAAUCACAAAUGGCAUACCUACAGUAGGGCAUUGACUAUAAACCCGGAAAUUAAAACAGUUCCACAGAUUUUAACUCCUUACAUGACUAUUAGAGGAAAAUCUCAAAGAUGGGGAUUUUAACUAAUCUGAUACUUGAUUACUGGCUGUAUGGAGUAACAAUAGCAUUUGGAUAUAUUCUAGCAAUUCUCCUUUAUGAUACAAAAAAUGAUAAGAAUAGAGCUGGUGUGGCCAAAAAUGAUGAAACGGAUGAAAGAUAUGCAUUCCCUGAUUCUACAAGUGAUGCUAAAGAUAAGGAAGAAGCUGAUGGUGGCUUAAAUCUUGAAAAUGCUGAUACACGAGUGGACCAUGAAGCAGGAAAGGAACACAUACCUUUUACCAUAGAGAGACUAUCUAAGGCUGAGAUGACAAGGAGAUCCCAAGAAUUUUAUCAAGAAAUGAAUAAAAGAAGAUCGGUGAGGUUUUUCAGUGAUGAACCGUUUCCACAAGAAGUUAUGGACAACAUUAUAAGAACAGGAGGGACAUCUCCUAGUGGGGCACACACUCAACCUUGGACAUAUGUAGUGGUCAAAAGCCCUGAAAUCAAAAAGGAAAUUCGUGAAAUAAUCGAGGAAGAAGAGGAAGUGAAUUAUCGAAGAAGAAUGGGUGACAAAUGGGUGCAAGAUUUAGCUUGUAUUGGGACAGACUGGAACAAGCCAUAUUUGGAGAUUGCGCCAUAUUUGGUGAUUGUGCUGAAGCAGUCAUAUGGGAUAGCCCCAGAUGGCUCCCGAUUGGUCCAUUAUUACAAUGAGAUCAGCACUUCCAUAAGUGUUGGGCUUGUAUUGGCAGCCAUACAGGAAGCAGGCCUAGUCACAUUGACCAGUACACCACUGAACGCUGGUCCACGUCUGCGUAAGCUUUUGAAUCGUCCCAUCAACGAAAAGGUCAUGCUACUAUUGCCAGUGGGAUACCCAGCCCCUGACGCGACUGUACCUGCAUUGAAACGCAAACCACUGGAAGAAUUCAUGACUGCGAUUUAACAAAAAGUACAAGAUGCAACAUUGUGCAGUGUGACAUUAAUUAAAGCAGUUACCAGCUAGUUGGUUAGCUGGUUGAACAAUAGUGCGAUGCGAUGAAAAUGUUAAAUGUAAGAUGUAAAACGUUUGCAUAUUUUGGAUUGCUAGCAUUUCAGCUAACCAUGUUAUUUUUGAAAAAAAUAAUCAUGACUCUAAAUAUGCCUUUUAAACUAUUUUGAAUGAAUACACUAAAUUUCAUCUACGAGAGUAUUAAUGUACUGUGUCCAUUUGAUUGGGUUAAUGGACUCAUUUUCAUUGCCUCGCACUUACUCGAGUCUCUAACUUACAGCUGGAAUAUAGAGAAGGCUUUGGACCGAAGUA